UAGAUGCGCGCGCGCGCACGCGAACACGCACACAAGUAUUUAAAAGCCACGUACGGCAAUUCUAACCUACAAAAAUAUUAUAUAUAUUUUAGAGUGCGGUGUUUUGUUUAGCUGUAGAAUAUAGGAUAUUUAUUGAAGAGAAAAAAUGAAGUAUUCUACUUCGCCACCAGUUAGCCGGUGUGCAUCACCGAUAUCAUCUGUGAGAUCUAGCUCUUCCUUACCUAUGCCUGCCACUUAUAGACAAAAUUGUUUUGGAGCACCAACAAAAUGUUACAAGUACCUGAGAAAAUUACUUAAGUUUGAGCAAAUGGACUUUGAGUUUGCUGCUUGGCAAAUGAUCUAUCUGUUCACUUCUCCACAGAAGGUCUACAGGAAUUUUCAGAGUAGAAAACAAACCAAAUCACAAUUUGCAAGGGAUGAUCCAGCUUUCUUAGUAUUGUUUGCUUCAUGGCUGUGUGUCUCAUCUAUAGGUUUUGCCAUUGUUCUGGGCCUUGGAUUUAUACAGUUUUUCAAGUUUCUUUUGUAUGUCAUUUUUGUAGACUGUAUAGGUACUGGAAUUACUGUGGCUUCAAUUUUUUGGUUUAUUACAAAUAGAUAUCUGCGUGUUGAUCGUUCACAAGAUGUGGAAUGGGGGUAUGCAUUUGACAUUCAUUUAAAUGCAUUCUUCCCCCCACUAAUUAUUCUUCAUUUUGUUCAACUAUUCUUGUAUAAAAUAUUGAUUAGUCAUGAUUAUUUUCUCUCACGUUUUGUUGGAAACACUUUCUGGCUGAUAGCAAUAGCAUAUUACAUUUAUAUCACAUUUUUAGGAUAUGCAAGUGUAGAAAUUCUUCAUAGAACGCAUGUGAUACUGCAAGCAGCAGUACCUGUUGCAUUAAUAACAUAUAUUCUGGCUCUAGUUGCAGGUUUUAAUGUCACUCAAGAAGUUAUGAAUUUUUAUCAUGAUCGAGUCAUAUGAAUUGUAAUUGACAAAU